UGGUGGCAAAACUUGAUUGGGAUUUGGGUCCACGAGAGAACAUCAUUUCAGAAGAACUGCACCAACUCUGGAUUGAAUUUGAGUUGAAGGCUGAUUCCAUUGCUGACACAAUAUACAGGAUUAAAAUAUUCAAAUAUACAACUUGUAAGGAACAACGACAAUCACCAACUCUUCAACCUCCACCAUUUACAACUAACACCUCUGCUUCUUCUUCUCUUCUAACUGUGAAAAAUGGAUGCUCCACUUCUGCCCAGUAAUUAUCCCUCUUCUACGACUAAUAAGAACAAGGGCUGGACCAGAAUUCUGUGGCUGCUUUGUCUAUUAUUAACCAUAUCAUUUGUAGGCCUCAUAUUCAAAGAUGACUUAAGCUGUUGGUUACUGAGAGAAGAAAACAAGUACAAUGGAAGGAUUGAAUUUAAUAAUGCUGAUAUCGUUGAGUCAGAGCAAGGUGUUGUUGCAGCUGAUGAUGCUCGUUGUUCUGAAAUUGGUGCUUCAAUGCUUAGACACGGAGGGCAUGCCGUUGAUGCUGCUGUCGCCACUGCAUUCUGCCUUGGUGUUGUUAAUCCAAUGGCAAGUGGAAUAGGAGGCGGGGGAUUUAUGAUUGUUCUUUCUUCAUCGACCUCCCAAACUCAAGCUUUUGACAUGAGAGAAACCGCCCCUCUUGCUGCUUCGCAGAAUAUGUAUGAAAACAAUCCCAAAGCCAAGUAUUUUGGUGCACUAUCUAUGGGAGUUCCAGGUGAGAUAGCUGGCCUUCAUGAAGCUUGGUUGAAACAUGGGCGUUUGGCUUGGAGCACUCUAUUCCGACCUGCCAUAAAACUUGCCAAAGAUGGUUUUGUAGUUGCUUCAUAUCUUGGAUUACACAUAGCUAAUAAUGCAGAAAUGAUCAUGAAUGACCGAGGCUUAAGGAAAGUGUUUGCACCAAAUGGGAAGUUGUUACAAGCAGGUGAUACUUGCUACAAUGUUAAGCUAUCUCAAAGCCUAGAGGCAGUGGCAGAACAAGGACCACGAGCCUUCUAUAAUGGAAUUGUUGGUGAGAAGUUAGUGAAAGAUGUGAGAGAGGCUGGUGGGAUUUUAACAAUGGAGGAUUUAAGGAAUUACAAGGUCGAUGUAGUGGAUGCAAUGUCUGCAAAUGUGAUGGGCUACACUGUAUAUGGAAUGCCACCUCCAUCGAGUGGAACAGUUGGGAUGUCCAUGGUUUUAAACAUCUUUGAUAGCUAUGGAAGUUCAGAUGCUGCAAAAGGUAAUCUUGGUCUACAUAGAUUAAUUGAAGCGCUUAAACACAUGUUUGCUGCUCGAAUGAACUUAGGUGACCCUAAUUUUGUUGACGUAAACGAAUCUGUGUCUGAAAUGCUUUCACCAUCUUAUGCCAAGCAAAUUCAGCAAAAAAUUUUUGAUAACACCACUUUCUCUCCUGACUACUAUAUGUACAGGUGGAGUCAGCUUAGAGAUCAUGGAACAAGCCAUUUCUGUAUUGUAGAUGCUGAUCGAAAUGCUGUGUCUAUGACAACAACAGUGAAUUAUCCUUUUGGAGCAGGGAUACUCUCUCCUUCUACUGGCAUUGUGUUCAAUAAUGAGAUGGGUGACUUCUCAAUACCCUCAGAGAUAUCCCCUGAUAAGCUACCACCUGCUCCAGCAAAUUUUAUUAAAUCAAACAAGAGACCGUUGUCUUCUAUGACGCCUGUAAUCGUUACUAAGGAUAAUCAGCUGGCUGGGGUUAUUGGAGGAAGUGGUGGAAUGAACAUUAUUCCAGCAGUAACCCAAGUUUUUCUCAACCAUUUUAUCUUGGGGAUGGAACCUUUAGCUGCUGUCCAGAAUCCAAGGGUCUACCACAAGCUAAUACCAAAUAUGGUUUUGUAUGAAAACUGGACUGUAAUUGAUGGCGAUCACAUUGAGCUCACUGACGAAAGAAAGCUUUUCUUGGAAGAGAGGGGUCACCAACUGGAGGCUAAAGCAGGGGGAGCUAUUGUUCAGUUUGUUGUUCAAAACCUGCAAAACCCCAUCAAGAUAGGCAGAAAAAUUGGAAAAGAUAUUAAUAAUGCUCUAAUAUUCCAUGGAACACUCACAGCAGUGAGCGACCCUAGAAAGAAUGGGAGGCCAGCAGCCAUUUGAUUUGGUAUUUAUGUUCAGGUAGAAACACAUAGCAAAAGGAAAAAAGCAAUUAGCUGGCUUUGCUCACAAGCUUUGCUGUAUAGUUAUUGUUAUGUAGAGGCUUUGAUAUUUCGUGCGUUUAUGUCAAUUGGGGCUACUUCUAUUGGAACAUCUCCUCAACCACCAAGGAAAUUGUAUGAUCAAACAUUUUCAGAUUAUUGUUCAAUAAAUUAAUGAAUUGUGGCCUCGUUCAAGCCUUGGUUGGAAAUA